UCGUGCAUUCGAUCCCGCAAUUACGGCGGCAUUUUCAAAUAUUCAGCCGGGAAGAAAGCGCGAAAAUUUGCCGAUUAAAUUACUCUUAUUGAUUCGUAUCGAAUCCGUAUUCGUUGGCCGUUCCUUCGCUCUCCCUUUAUAUUUAUUCCUUUUUUAUUUCUACGUAAAUGCCGAUAAAUUUGGAAAUUUUUAACGAUCGAAUCUUUCUUUUUCAAAUAAAUUCUAUUUCUACGCUUUAAAAUAAACAUACAUGUAAAUUAAAAAAAAAUACAGCAGUACAGUGAGCGAUAAUCUGCGUCUUUUUUUUUUAAAUUGAUUCAAAAGUUCGAUCGCAAAUUACAAUUUUACUAUGCGACGAGAGAAGCAUAUUGCAGCACUUUGUUAUUUUAUAGUCUCAGAUAAAAAAUAAAUAUCUUUUUUUGUUUAAUUACAUUGAUUUAUAUAUAACGUACAUAAAUAUACUUGUACUGAGUUUCGGUCAUUUUUAGCUUCACAACUUUCACAAGAGAACUCGGCGUUCGGAAGAUUCACGCGAUAACCUAAAACAGGAUAACAUUCCAUAGCAAACUGCACGACACGUUAACGAUUGGCGUCGAUGAUAACAGAACGUCGAUAUUGCAUCUGGAAUAUAAUCGUAAAGAUUCUUUGAAUCAACUCGAAACUUACGCGUGUGAAUUAAACGGCAAACGUGUCGCACAGUUCUGUCUAAUACGAGGGUAAAUAUCAAACGAUCCGCCAAGUGCAAACAAAAGAGCGUUGAUUUUACUAUUCUUCGAACGAUUUUUUUUUAUGCAAGAGAAAAAGGGAUACGCGGUUUUUGUUGUUGUGGCAAAGCAUAACCUGACCGAACUUUGUUCCUUCGUCAGGAUUAUUUAAAAUUUGUUAUGCCACAGCGACAGAUUAAUAUUGCACCGAGGGAGGACCGAGCUUCCGAAGGGAUGACUCAGCUGGAGCUGGAUCCCCAGUUUACGCAGGGGUUGCGACUUCUGUACUCCACCAACAAGGACUCUGCGGAACAGCUACGAGCUCUGUUAGACGAGGCGAUUAAACAAAAGUAUGGACCAUCCAAAAUGCUAUCCAAUGUGCUGCAUAAAAAGUAUAUGAUGGAGGAACCAGUGUUGAGCGAUCACAGUAGCAGCAGCAGUAAGAAGAGCAAAAGUUCCAGCUCGUCCAAGCACUCGAAUAAAUCAAGUAAAAACAGCUCGCCAGUUAAUUUGCCAGCGCGCGACACCCCACCAGACAUCCUGCAGUCCGAUGAUACAUUGGCACUGGAAAUUCUAGAAGAUGAUCUUACAUGCGUUAUUUGCAAGGGGAUGGACGUUGGGGCGAGAAAUAGACUUGUGGAAUGUCACGAGUGUCAUUCUCUGUAUCAUCAGGAAUGUCAUGUUCCUCACAUCUUAGACUCGCAGAUAGACAAUGUACCAAAGCAGGUGUGGUACUGCUCCAACUGUUCAAAGUCUCAGGUCUCGAAAGAAAGGAAUUCGCCAAAGACUGUGAUAGAAAGCAAAUCUAAGGAGCAGAAAAAACCUAGCUCAAGUAAGAACACAGGCAGUGGAGCCAAGGUGACACCAAAUAUUCAUAUUAUCAGUGCGGAUAAAAGACUGAAAGACAUGAUGAAGAAAGCCAAGCAGGACAAACGUAACACAGGUACUGCCACGGGUUCAAAGAGCUCUUCGUCCAAUUCCUCUGCAUUAUCUUCAGCCAAAUCUCAGGAUAAAUCGUUAUUAUAUAAGAUAAAAUCAGGGGUAGAAUAAAAACGGCUGAAUUUAUGAAAGAAAAAAAAAUAACAAACGAGAAAUAGUAAGAUCGUAUACAAAUAGUGUAUUUUAUAGAAAUAAUACCAACAGUUUUUUAUUGAUAGUGUAAUUAUUUUGUAAUUUUGUUAAUCUGGGAGAAAGGGCGACAGUUUUUAUUGUUAUUUUUCAUGAAUAUAUUUAGUACGACCAGAAAGAGUAUGAGAGAAAGAGAAAGAAUCGCGUCCCCUUGUGACAAAGACAAAAAUCCUAAAUAGACGAUACCACUAGUGUGUGUAUUUAUAUUGAAGUUUAAUCUCGAAUUACAUUCAAUCGAUAUUAAUACAAUUGGGCCUUUGUGUAGUGUUUGACUUUCUUACUGCCUAUAUAAAUACAAUUCCAUAUUAUACAAUUUAUUAAUAAUUGUACAAACGUGCCAUGUAAAUUUGUUAUCUUUAAGCUUUUCGCAUUAUUAUUACAAAAAUAUUAAGUAUGUAGAAAAUAAUGACAUAAUAUUACUAUCGCUAAUAAUUAUUACACACGUAACAUCAUUCGUAAUACAAGUCUGCGUUGAUAGUUUUAAUGUAAAUAUACAAUAGAUCAUUUUUUUUAAUACCUUUUUAUUGAGAUAUUUAUAAAAAGAAAGCGAUAAAAUUAUAUAAACUUCACAUAUCUCAAGAUUGCAUAUUAAUUGUACUAUUGUAUAUAUAUAUAUGUAUAGAGCAUAUACACAAUUUUCGUCACCGAAAUCAACUCGUACAAAGUACGCUAAUUUAUUAUUAGCGUAACGAUACAACAUCAACGCCAAAACUGAUGUUACUGUUAAAAAUGCACAGUAGAAAACUAUAACACACGCGCCAAGUACGUUCUACUGUAUACAAGAUAUACAUGAAAAAUUUGUGUACUCCGCGAAUGCGGAGGAGAUUUAAUUGCGACAUACAAGAAUUCCAAAUUAACGUAACGACUUUCGUAACUUGACGACUCUUUUGGCUAGGAUAUUUUCGAAAAAUUCACGUCUUGCGUAUAUUUACAAUAACGAUAUUUAGAUUUUAGCCCAUUAAUGAGCUGAUAAUUUUACACGGGCAUACGGCGCUGAAUCGUGUGUGUCCGUCCAGUUACAAUAUUAUCUACAAAGAUUCUCCAAAAAAAAACCUCGAGGCCCGCGAAAAAUGAAAAGACCGAUCACUUUCAUGUAUCUCCGCGGGCAUUCGGAUGAAUGGUGACAAAUAAUACCGACUGCAAAUUACAAGACACGGUCCACCAUGUCCUGAUCGUAAGGCUGAUAGCAAGUCUGUACAACUGAGACUGCGGGUGGGCAAGAAUAACGAAGAGAUAACGAGAAUACCAGUCGUUUAUAAUACCAAUAUAUUUUUUGCGAUUUCGUUUUAAAUGCAAUCAUUUGUCCCUACGUCCCAUCGAGAAUUUGGCAAGAAUCAUUUCGUUCUCUCGAGUGUCACUUAAAGUCUACUCGUGCGCAAGAUGAGGAGGAGGGAAGGGGUGGGCUGAAGUACUAUGUACAAUGAAGGGCAAAAGAGAAAGAGAAAGAGAGAGGGUUAUGCGCAAGGGGUUGAAAUUGCACACAUACACACACGCACACGCCGAUACGUACUCAAUGUACACGCACAACAAACAUAAGAGCGUCGUUGCGCUUGGUUCGACGAACAGAGAACAGACACUUCUCCAGAAUACAUUUUUAGUGGCAAUCAAGGUUGGUCGAUAUAACGUGCCAACAUCCCAGUAAGCAAGAAACAUUAAAGUAACAAUUAAAAAUGUUGAUGGACGCAUGAUUGCCAAUUGAAGAGUUCAAAGAGGUAUAUCGGAUCCUUCAAUGAAAGGAAACGUUAGAACUCUGUAUAUUUUAUUCUUUGUACCUUUUUUAUUUACAGUUAACCUGAUUAUGUGUUGGUUCACAUUUAAAAAUGUUGAUUUCAUCUGUAUUUUUAAAAUGGUAUUGUAUAAAUAUUUUAAAAAGAUUAUAUUUGAUACAUGAUUUUUUUUCGAAACAUUGCUGAGAAGUUUUAAAAAACAUUACAAAGUCGUAGUUUAUCUAUAUUGAUGUUGUGUACAACGUUAAAUACGACAUAUUUAAAAAUGUUACAUGUAUUGAAUAUCAUUAUAAUGGCAUGGCAGUAAUGAUUUAUGCUUACUGAGACGGUCUACGUCCCUUUUUUCGCAAUUUCGAAAUAUUCGUUGCCGAAGAUGUAUACAUUUUUUUAGGACGCUAAUUCAGAACGAAACUGACAAUAAUUGCUCGAUAUUGAUCAAUUAUUGCUCAACUAUAUUAUCAGCAACGAUUAAAAUAGAAAUAAUACGGGACGUUUCAACCGAAUAUUUCUGAGAAUGUACAAGAGAAAUGUCCUUAAAAGGGAAAAUUAUCGGGAUUAUCUCAUUUUCAUAUCUCUCUCUCUCUCUCUUUAUCUUUUUCUCCCUCUCGUCGAAGCUUAACAAAGAGUCAUCUUAACUCGACACACGAUGUGUUCAGAUUUAUCUCUACAUAUAUAUACUACGAAGCAUGACACACUAAUUUCGCUCCACCGGACGCCGCGAAUCACCCCGCUCUCCUCUCAGUCCCCUUACAUUAUUAAUUACAAACGUUGAAUGCAGAAUUGACAAGCUUUUCAGAUGGAUGGAGUCGAUUUCCGACCGUACGGCCCCCCGGGAAACUCUGCCGCGUGCCUUCCUGGUACUUAUUUUAAGACGCUUGCACGAUCUACCACCUUCAUAGCCGCCGUUUUAAUAAAAUAUUCAGCGGACACAGCGUAUAGAGGUGGCAUCAAUAUUUUACCAUUCGCUUCCCCUCGACAGCGGAGCACACUCUCACACACAUACACACAUAUACAUGCGCGCGCGCCCCUUGCUUACCAUUUGUUAUUUUUAUCGCGCGCUUGUAAUACAUAAGAUGGAAAUUAAGAAGUGAAAUCUUAGCGCGGGAAACUGACAGAUAAAUGCGGGGCCCUUCCUUUUCCCUUCUUUUACCGCGGCAGAGCUGCGAGCACUCGUACGUUCGCAAAGUAUAGGGUGACAGCUACAUGGAUUCUAUCGGAUCGCGCUCGAACAUUGCCUGACACAUAUCUUACAUGCCGCGCGAGACAGAUUAUUCUCCAGCUGAAUUUUUUACGGAAAUAAAAACGUCUCUCGCCUGUCGGGACGAUAACUCUUGCACCCGAUAAUGCCGUAUACGGGUGUGUCUGUUGUGUCUGUGUAUAUACGAAUACAUGCACGAGCGUGUUUCCAUGUACGUCAAUCUGUACGACGCAAUAUAUUCGAAAAGACGCAAAGAGGAACGUCCGUAUUAACGCCGCACAUUUAACGCUAAACGCGCGUACGAUUAGAAUAUGAGAGAGACGAGAUCACUCGCGGGCAAUUCCACGCACGCGACGGCCGUGUCUCUCUUGGCUUUUCCCCGCGAUAAUGAGAGAAGGACGCGAUCGAGGUUCCUGACGGGGAAAAUCCUGUGGACGAUUCGGCGGUGUGGCCACGAGCCUCUCGUCCUUUUUAAAUGCGAAACGUGGCAGUGACGACAAACGAAAUCAGAAGGCUCUGCGUACAUGUUAAAAUUUAUGAAGGACGUUUGUCAAGUGUAGCACUCGGUAUAUAGCGACGGCAAUUCUCUGUCGUUGUAUUUCCUCCGCGAGUACCCGAACAACAUUAACGGCAGUGCUUGUCAAUCGGAUCCCGCGACACGCUCGCAACCGCAGCUGAUCGCAGCUGCCACGAUACAAUCCGUAUAUUAAGAGAAUGACCGCUCUGAAAUUAUAAUGAUAUACUACUAGAUUAAUACUUUUUUUUUUAUGAUUCGCCGUCGUUGUCUGAUAUUUUAGAGUCAUGUUUUAAAUUGAAAUAAAGAUCUCUAUAUAAAACGAAUCUAUCGAACCAACUUUUAUCUUUCCAGAAGAAGCUUUAGUUUUGUACGUGCGAAUGUUUUCCAUGCUGAUUCAUUUUGCGCUACGUUUUUAAUCCUUUCGGAGAAACACGGUUUUGAACAAUUUUGCUUACAUGACACUGAAUGUUUUUUUUUUUUUCCUUAUAAAGGUCAGACAAUAAACGAUCGAUCUCCCUUUUGUUUAAAAGUUUUCGAAACAAGUUAUUCCGGUCACGCUUUUAUUAGACAGAUUGUAUUAGCUUAGCUCGCUCUCUCUUAUCCACACUCAAUUCUCUUAUUCACAUAUACAUAUAUGUAUAUAUAUAUAUAUAUAAUAUAUAAUUCUUAAAUAUAUAUAAGUCUGUGUCUUUUUAUUAAAUAAGUAUGACGGCUUAUACAUCGUUAGUAUAAAGUGGAAACCGAAAAGCAUACGAUACUUUCAACGCAGGACGAGGCGAGAUGCAAACCCGUCGCACCGUCUCGCCCGUGAUACAAUUUCGAUCGUUCAUACAACUGUUUACUUUCGUUAUCCUGCUCGCGCGGAUUUCGAUACCGGUUCGAAAUUCGUUACGGGAAAGAGCUUUUGUGAAUGUCCGCCUGCAAACUGCGCACUUCGAACUCGAAUGGAAAUAUAAUCGCGUGCGUUUCACGAGAGUGUGGGGUAUGUACACAAACAUUGUGUACUGCACGACUUCGGGGUGUCAAAUACGCAGACGGGGACACGAUGGCACCUCUGCGAACGUUAAGCUACAUACGUAGAAAAUCUAUACGAUUUUGCAUAUGAUAAUGAUGGGGGGGGGGGGAACCC